AUGGCGGAAGAACAGCACUUGUCGUAUCCACUGCACGAAUGUGUAUUCGAGGGUGAUGUACAAAAGUUCGCACGGAUGAUGAGGACAGAAGAUCUAUCGAGAAAAGACAAACACGGUAACACGGCACUACACCUGGCCAUCAUGCUCGGUCGUAAAGAUAUAGUACAAUUAUUGCUCGCUCACAAUGCACCAGUUAAAGUUAAAAACAUCAAUGGAUGGACCCCAUUGUCUGAAGCAAUUAGCUAUGGUGAUCGUCUUACUAUUAUAUCGUUAUUGAAAAAAAUGAAACACCAAGCAAGAGAACAGAUUGAAGAAAGGCGACCUAGUUUAGUGUCUGCACUGAAACAAGUCGGAGAUUUCUAUAUGCAAAUAAAAUGGGAUUUUCAAAGUUGGGUGCCAUUAGUUUCUCGAGUUCUACCUUCAGAUCUUUGUCAGAUUCAUAAAAAAGGCACAUCUUUUAGAUUGGAUACAACAUUAGUAGAUUUUGCAAUGAAUGAUAUGAAAUGGGAACGUGGAGAAAUCACAUUUUUGUUUGAUGGUGAUGCUAAGCCUCCACAUUCUCUCAUUGUCAUGGACAAUAAAGCUGGUGUUUACCAAAGAGUCAGAUAUUUAGAAACUGAAUCAGAGAUUGAAGAUGAAGUUGAUUUAAUGAUGAGUACUGAUAUAGUGACUGCGCAAAUGUCUACAAAAUCAAUAACAUUUUCUCGUGCUCAAUCAGGAUGGAUAUUUCGACAAGAUAGAAAAGAAACUAUUGGAGAUUUCAAUGCUGAUUUUUAUCAUAUUAAUGGCUUAACAUUAGAACAGAAAAAACGAAGGGAACACUUAUCAGAAGAAGAUCUACAAAAAAAUAAAGCAAUCAUUGAGAGUUUAACUAAAGGAGGGUGUGCUAUUAGUAUUGAUUGCAACGGAGAACCUGUGAGAAGAGAAUCACUUAUUCCUCCCAUGCCUGCAAUGUGCACAUGGAAAGAGUAUUAUACAUCUCCGGCGGGACAACAUCCAGCCCUAGCUAGAGAAAUGGUUUUUAAAAACACAACAAGAGGAUUUAAGGCAACAGUUGCUAUGAGUAUGGAUUUUCCUCUAUCAGUUGCUAUGCUAAUGGAUGUACUUGAAGUUACUGCUCCAUUUAAACAUUUUGCUAAACUACGUGAUUUUGUGAAUUUAAAAUUACCACCAGGGUUUCCAGUCAAAUUAGAUAUUCCAAUACUGCCAACAGUGUCUGCUAAGAUCACAUUCCAGGCUUUUGAGUUUCGCGAUGACAUAGAUUCUAAUCUUUUUGAAGUACCAGCGAAUUAUGUUGAAGAUCCAUCUAGGUUUCCAGAUUUAUGACGAUUUUUGAGUUCCACAAUGUUAUCAUAGAUUCAAAACUAUUUGAAGGUGCCAUCAAAUUCUAUAAUAGUUUCCUCCUAAGUUCACAGAAUUACUAAGGCCUGGUGAAAAUGUAUUGAUCAACUUACUACACAUCCUUUGAUCAAUAUAAUUUAUUGUUGUGAUAUGUAUACAGCACAACUUUAUUCAUUGCUGUAUGUAACUCUUACCUACUACAAUUCUCAAGAGAAAAUACUCGAAAAUUAAUGACUAUUAUUAUUAUUUAUUUAUUUUUACUCCUCAAGAUUUCUUUGUAAAACAUUAUUUAAUUUUACUUAUUUAUUUGUUGCACAGAGGUUUUUAAAUUGUAAUUCCAUUCUUAUGAAUGUGUUACAAAAUAAGUUAACUUAUUUAAUUUAUUUAUUCGUCCUGCAAUUUCAAAUUAUAUUACUAUAAUUUUGUUAUUUUAUUUUUGUAUUUACUUUAUGCAUUUAGAGUUUGUAUUUAACUACAUCUGAAAAGUAUUUUUUUAUCCUUCCGAAUUGCAACUAUAGUAUUUAAUGUUUUUGUUUUGUUUUGUUUUUAAAGGAGGGGGACUUAAAAAUUAGUUUGUGUACAAUUUAAAAAAUUGUAUCUUUUUGUAUAGCUUUGCUAUAAACAUAAAUACCUAAUAUUGGUGUAUUUAACUAAUUAGAUAGUUGUUAUUAUCUAAAUUAUGUAUGUUAUAUAGAAUAUUGUUUCCCUAUCUCAACAUUGUAUACUUAUAAUUUUUAAUUAUUUAUUCUUAUUAUUUUAGUAGCACUAUAUUAUGUAACUGUGUAUUUUAAAACAAAGGGAGUUUUUUUUUAGUAUUAGUUAUUACUAUUUUGUUUUGUUGAAACAUUUCUGUAAAUUGCAAAUGUUACCUCAAGUUUAUUUUGAAAAAUAAAAUUGAAUACCUACAAGAAA